AUGGCAGACGCUCAGAAGCAAGAGUUCGACAUCCCAUACCGCGUCGUCUCCAUCACGGAGAAGACGCACAAAACCUCCUACCCGGCCAUCUCUCCCUCCCGCCCCGCCCUCUCCCAAGCCGGCCGGACGGUCCUCAUCACUGGCGGCAGCGGGGGUAUCGGAUACGGAAUCGCCCUUGCAUUUGCGACAGCCGGGGCUGACCGGGUCAUCAUAGUCGGCCGGGAUGAAGCCAAGCAACAAGCUGCUGCCGCGAGCCUCGCUGCGGAAGCGGGUCCUGCUUCGCACACCAAGUUCGAGGGGAAGGCUGCCUCGCCUGGAAGCCCAGAGAACAUCGAUAGCCUGUGGGAUGCCCUUGCGUCCGAGGGUGUGCUUGUCGAUGUGCUGGUGCUGAAUGCGGCUUUCAUUGUCCAUGUUCGCUCAGUUAAUCACUACAGCGAACGCUUUUGGAAGCAAAACGUGGAUAAAAAGAGAUAUCUCGUCAAUGUGGCUACAUCUGCCAUCCACGAGUGGGAAGCUGGGGUAAACACCAAAGCCUACGCAUUGACCAAAAACUCGGGAGUGCUCUUGCUACAGCAGGUUGCACGAGAUACACCAAUCUCCAAGAUGCAGAUUGUCAGCUUUCAUCCAGGUGCCAUAUUGAGCCCUGGAGCUAAGAGUGCGGGAGCGACUGAACGGACUCUUGACUGGGAUGACAUCAGCCUCCCCUCCUCUGUUGCCAUCUGGGCGGCAUCGGACGAGGCAGCGUUUUUGCACGGCCGGUUCAUCUGGUCAGCAUGGGAUGUCGAGGAGCUGCGGAGUGGGCCCCUCCGAGAGCGUAUAGAGCAGGAUGAGAAUUAUCUGCGAAUCGGUGUUCAUGGUGUAUGA